AUGGUAGAAGGAGUAACAAUUAAACUUGGUGUAAAGCCGAAGAGUGAUGAAGAGUCUGGACAGACUUAUGAAGAAGGUACUUCCAGUGGUAGGAUUACCAUUAAAGUCACAAGAUCUUCCUUUCCUCCUGGAGUUGGAUCUACUGCGAACUUCUACGAAUACAAACAUGAGGAAAACACUGGUGGAGGGAAAGAGUUAACGGUGAAGAGAGUAUUGGAUGAUAGUGGUAAAGAAAUAAAUACUUCUAGACUUAAAGGUGUUCCCAAAGUAACUUCCAUUUCCUCUUACUGCUGGAAACAUGGAGGGAAGGUUCUCUUAGUAAGUAUUACUACCAAUGAUAAGGUAACCAAGUAUUAUGUCAGGAGUAGUGGUAAUCCUCAAUGGUAUUCAAUCAAUGGAGGUUCUCAACCCAUUCAACUCCAACCUGAAGUCCUUGAGCAAAAACUAGAUCAACAGAACUGUUAUUUCAACAAAUUGAUUACAAUGAACCUUACCAAAGAUGUAUAUGUGGCAGGAAAGAGGUACUGUUGCUACAACCACAUUGGCCAAGGAAAAGUUACUGUCACUCCUGCACCCAUUUCCUGUAAUCAACAUCCGGGUUCAAGUCACCUUACAUACUACAAACAUGAGGUUAAUUAUGCUGGUGGAGUUCAGCUUGCAGGUAUUGAGUACUACAAAAAUGGCAAUCCCAGUCGGAGGAAGAAGAUAACAAUUCCUAACCUUAAUUUACCUGCCAAAGAUUCAGUAAAAGUCUAUACUUUCUAUUGUGAUAAUGGUAAGGAUCCAGUGCUCAUUUAUGUGGAAUUUACUGGAGGUUCAGGUGUUACAGGGUGGUUUAAGAAGGGGAGUGGUACUGAUGCAUGGGAGAGAAUCUCCAGUGACCUCAACGGCAUAACACCAGAAACCAUUAAUAACUGUAACAGCGGAGGCUGGACCAAACUUAAAAGUGCACUAAAAGGGGUUAGUUGUACAGAUUAUGAGGCAUGUAAAACAACUCCUAAAGUUCCUUCUACUACUAUUCCUGUUCCUCCUGUCUCUCUUGGAGCUCUAACUGAAGAAGCUGUAGAAAAGUAUUGGAAGAUUAUACUAUCUAGUGUAGUUCCUGGAGCUACUCCCAUCAUUAUAGAUGCUUCUCAUUCUUCUGCUGCUCUGAUUAAAACCUUGUCUAAACCUGCUGGACCUUCAAAAGAAGCAAUAAUAGGAGGAUCAGUUGGUGGAGUACUAGGAACAGGCGCUUUAGGACUAGGAAUAUGGAAAGGGCCUGCCCUACUUGCACGACUAAUCACUCGUCUGUAG